AUGGCUACCACGAUACCAACGUUUGCAUGUCACAGCCCGCUACAUGAGGUAGCUUUUCCACGCCCAAGCUACCCUAAUCUGACAAACAUCACUGAGGGCAAAAGUUUUUGUUUUUUGAAGGUGCGAACCGAGCACGGAUUUUUGACCAACGAGACCAGAACUUCCCAGCUGGUGAAUGAAGUUGAGCCUUAUCAGUAUUCAGCUGACCUUCGAAGUCCUGCAUCGCUAAGAUUCUACCGCGCCUUGGAUCUGGAGUCCUGUCUCUGGCGCUGGGUCGCUUACUACACCAUGUCCGAGUUGGUGACGCAGUGCGGAGGCGUCACCACGACCGACGGCCAGGUUUUAGACGUCGUGCAGAGUUACGUCAGCGUCGCCGUCCCCCUCUACGUCUCUUACAUCUUCCACUCUCCCGUCGCUACAGGAGGCUGGCAACACACCGAUCUCACGACGCAUCUUCGGCUGAGCUUCGUCUACGACACCUCUAUCCUCUGGCACCAAGGGAUAGGAGCCCCAGCGACCAGUGAGCUCGACGGCCACCUCUAUCCAACGGCCAUGAGGAUAAGGGAGGAUGGGCGACUGGUGGUGUCCUUCCGUACUGAAGCGAGAUUUCGCGGAAUUUUCGUGAAGACGCACAAAGCCGUGACCCAGCGGAGUUCCGUGACCUCUGAGCAGCACCCUGACCUGACCUUCACCCUCGAGCUGCUGAGGUCACAGCCGACCUACGCGCAGCCGGAACAGCAGUGGCAGUUUGUGUCGGAUCUCGCGGUACGCGACUACAGCGGAAAGUACAAGGUCCUCCUCGUUCCCUGCACGGUGACCGAGGACGUGGCCUACUCGCUCCCUCUCCUGUGCAACCCUCGGGAUCCUGUCGAGUUCGACCUGCAGGUGCGCUUCCAGCAGGUGUCCGACCCCGUCCCCGAAGAGUUCACGCUUAGCACUAUCUUCCACCUGAUGCGCAGAAGGGAGCUCUGGCUGUCGGACCUCACCACGGACUUCGACACCGAGUCCGAUGUCUCGUUUUAUCCCGGAGAGCGCAUCUAUGGGCGUGUGAUGAUCAACCCGGUACAGGCUUUGGGCGUCGGUUUCCACGUGACGCUAGAAAAGUGUUUCAUCUGCACGGGCGUAGACGGGUACGUGCCCAAGUACGACCCGGGCGCGGAGGAGUACGGCUGCGUGGCGGACUCACCCAACCUCCUCCACAACUUCAAGAUCAUUGACAAAGGAGCCCCAGAUUCCGUCAAAUUCGAGUACCAAGGAAAAGCCUUCCAUGCCCGCCUUGCUGCCGACGACGGGGAGCCUGACGUCAUCGGCCUCCUGAACCAACCCGGUGCCGAUGGCUUCUCGCUGGAUUCAAGCCCACUGUUCGAGGUCGCGUACGGGCGCCAGUGGUUCGUCCACUGCAUCUACACGGUGCGCUCCGAGGAGAACGCCGCCCGAGGAAUAGGCAAGAGAGACGUGACGAGCCAGGGGCGCCUCCGCCACGCCGUCGCCGCCUUCGCCUCUCCUCAGGGGGCUUCGAGGAGGGCCAGGAGAGCCAGCCAGGAGCCGCGGGCGGGGGACAACGGGCGCGGGACCAACAUGCACAGGCUGUCGCUACGGAACAGGCCAUCGGGGAGCCUCGAGCCCGGAGUCACAGGCGAGGAUUCCCCCUUCCCUCUCGUGCCCUUACUGGUGGCACUGGCGUGUGUGGUGGCAGCGGGAAGCGUAGCGGCGGCGGUGGUGUUGGCAAGAAGACGCCAGGGGAAGAUUCUCCCCCCGGGGUACAUGACCGUGGCUGGAAAUGGCACCGCGGCCACCAACAGGCACCGUGGCACUGUGGAUCCCCGCUAUUACCACACUCACGAGGAUAAUACUGAAGUGUAGGGACGUCGUGGCGUGUGUGUGUGUGUUCCUUUUUAGUGGUGUCGGAUGUGGGAGGG